AUGAGAAUAAAUACAUUUUGGCUCUGUCAAUUUUCAGAAAUCAAUGGUGACUCAUCACAGCUUAAAUUUGUUCAAAUAGAGAAAGAUAUCGCUCAAAACUUGACUUGCUUCAAUAAUAAAGGAUCUCAGAAUGCUCGCAUCGAAUGGUUUCAGAAUGGGAAAGAAUAUUCCGGACAAGUCUACUCCGACGGCAACUCUUCAAUCUUACCGCUUCAAGGAAAAAUGGGGGAAAAAGGAAGCUACACUUGCCAAUGGAAAAACAACUUUCUAGGUCAAACGAAUUACAGGAAUUUCACUGUCUCCUACCCUAACGAAAUUCCGGUAAAUGACAAGACCGUCGUCACCGCCGUUUCUUCAACAUUUUCUGUCCUACUUUUGAUCCUAAUUGCCUACGGUGGAGUCAAAUUUUAUCGGGACAAGAAACGACGAGUUUCACAAGUCGCGCUACUUAAAUUUUUGAAUGGAAAUCCGAAACAAAUUAAUAACCAGUCACCAGUAGAAGAACAGGUAGAGUUUCUACCUUAUGAUAGACGCUGGGAAUUUCCAAGAAAUCGCCUGAAACUGGGAAUACAGCUUGGAGUUGGUUGCUUUGGUCGUGUAGUCAAAGCGGAAGCGGUGGGAAUCAAAGACUCCGAACAAACUGUCAAAACGGUGGCCGUCAAAAUGGUUCGGUCGGAAGCAAACUUCGCCGCAAUGGAAGCUCUCAUCAGUGAACUGAAAAUCCUCGUCUAUUUGGGAUCGCACCUCAACGUCGUCAAUCUUCUGGGAGCCUGCACCAAACAAAUACACAAAGGAGAACUGUUGGUGAUCGUUGAAUAUUGUCGGUUUGGCAAUUUGCAAACGUUUUUGAUUAACCACAGGAACAAUUUUAAUAAUUUUGUGGACGAGUUUGGGAACCUGAAAAUGGAAGACGAAACGGAAAGGAACAAUUUCACCAGGACAAAAGGGGAAGAACACCCAUCGCAAGUCGAAACUAGAACUUUGCAAGUUUGUGAUACUUCUGGUAUGAAUUCACUCACUGAAAAUUUGGCCGCUUCAAAUUCCAACCUACAAGAUCGAGAUGGAAAUUUAGAUCAGCCGAUUUCAACAACAGAUCUCAUUUCUUGGUCUUUUCAAAUAGCUCGAGGGAUGGAUUACCUGGUUAGCAAAAAGGUUCUCCAUGGCGAUCUGGCCGCCCGCAAUAUUCUGCUCGCCGACGAUGGAGUUGCAAAAGUGGCCGACUUUGGCAUGGCUAAAAAAAUGUAUUACGAAGACAAUUACGAAAAAAAAGGACAAGUAAUUGAAAUUUAAACUUAUUAUCUCCAUGAUUCCUUCCAAUAAUAUUUUGUUGAAUGUUAGGGGUUGAUGCCGGUCAAGUGGAUGGCGAUUGAAUAUUUGAUUGAUCGCAUCUUCUCCAGCCAAUCCGACGUGUGGUCGUACGGAGUUCUUCUCUGGGAACUCUUUUCUUUAGGCCAAGUUCCCUACCCAGGUAUGGACGUUGGUCACAUACUCAUGAAAGAAAUUCUGAAAGGAUAUCGGAUGGACAAACCGGAACUGGCGCCCAACUUCUUCGGUGAAAUGAUGGCCGAUUGCUGGAAAUCGGAUCCGAAAGAGAGACCCACUUUCAGUCAAAUGGAGGAGAUUAUCUGCAGUCACAUGGAGUCGUCUGUCAGCUCAGACUAUUUGAAUAUGAACGCGUUGUAUGUAAAACUCAACGAAGAUAAGGAAAACGCAACGCCAAAGGAUCAUUUUGGAUUGGCAAAGUUGUUGGUAGAAAAAUCAGGAGCUCAAUCCAAGAGGGACACGACCGCUCGAUAUUCAUUUUUACCUAUGCUGUUCUCAAAAAAAGAUGCUGAUUCCGAUCUUUAGCCAAACACUGAUCAAUCUGCUAUCAAUAAUCGAUUAACUAGGCACAGAGCAAUCCACUUUAAUAUGAAGUUAUUGCGUUAUCAUUUGAUUUCUAUUUUUGUCGAAUUUUACCGCCUUUUCCUUUCUUUGUGGCUAUUUGAAUAUGAUCGCGCUGUAUGUUAUAAACUCAACGAAGAUAAGGGAAACGCAAGGCUAAAGGAUCAUUUUGGAUUGUCGAACUUCGAAGUUGUUGGUAGAAAAUUCUGGAACUCGACCAAAAAAAAACAAAAAAAAAAAAACACAACGAUUCGUUACCGAUCCUUUUCAAUUG